AUGGGGGAAAGUAUCCGUGAAUACUUAGAAAGAAUGGACAUUUUCUUUCAAGUGAAUGAAAUAGAACCCUGGCGGCACAAUUCCAAAAAGACAGUGAUGCUGGUAACGUUAGGAGGAGCGUCACUUUACAGCCUGAUAUCGAAGAUGGUAUCAUCGGAGGAGCCAAAGUCGUGCAAUUAUGAAAAGCUGUGUAUAAAGCUCAGAGAGCAAUUGGAACAAAAAGUGAAUGUGGUGGCGGAACGGUACAAUUUUCGGCAUAGUAUGCAGAAGGACCUCUCUAUUCCUGAAUACAUUAUGGAACUGAAAGCUUUGGCACAAACGUGCAAGUUCCAAUCGUUUUUGUUGGAAAUGUUGCGUGAUCAGUUGGUGACUGGUGUACGGGACGAAGGUCUGCGGAAACGUCUGUUAAGAGAAUCAGAUCUGUCGUUCGAGCAAGCAGAAAAUAUCGCCAGAACGUGGGAAGCAGCGGAUGAGCAGAACGCAACUUUUACGACAGAAGUACAGCCUAGAGAAAUGGCAGCAAUAAGGCACGCGCCAAAAAGUAGCGUCGGUACGCAGCGUUACAACCACGUAAGGAGUAGUGCUUAUGCAUACAGGCAACGUAAAGAGCACGAGAGAGAGAGGAAGUGUUAUAGAUGUGGAAGAUUACACAAUCCACAAACAUGUCCAGCACGAUCGUGGCAGUACAAAUCAGGACGCAAACGAGUUGGUGAUCCACUGAACUCGGAGAGCGGAAAAAAGAAGGAAAAGAUAUUCGACAUGCAAGAGGAAAAGCGAAAACAGAUAGUGCACAACUAUCUGCAAAAUCCAGCAGUGUCAUCUCGGGAGCUGGCAAAACAGUUAAGUUUGCCUAAGUCGACUGUUGCGCGAGUGAUUAAAAAGUACAAGGAGACACAGACGAUUGUUCGUAAGGUGCAAACUAAGCGACGGAGUGGAACCGUGAAUCGUGAACUGCGAUUGAGAGUCAUUUGGAAAAUCAAGGCUAACCCAAACAUCUCCGACUUCAACUUGGCUAAAAAUCUUAACGCCGACCGCUCUACUGUUCGGUGA